GAGACUUGUCUAUAUUUACUUUCUCUCUCAUUCUAUACCCAAAACACCCCCGUGUAUAAACUUUAGAAAAUGUGUAAACACAUCCUGAACGCUCAAGUGGCCAUUCGCUCUCCCUGCUGCAAAAAAUGGUUCGACUGCGCCGAAUGCCACCAAGAACAAGAAUCGCACUCGCUCACCAAAACCACUGAAAUGGUCUUCGCCUGCAAGAAAUGCAAGAAAUGUUUCCGGAAAGACGCGACGGAGUUUGAUGAGAGUGACGAGUACUGCCCGCACUGCGAUAACCAUUUCGUGAUUGACGCUGUGACGCCGACUCCCACGUUGCAGGUUGAGGGUGAGGAUGCGAGAAUUGAUGCGAGAAUGCUCAAAGACGACCGUGUUCGCGGACACCAGGAACGCUCCAUCUUCAAUUUCAAGGAUAUUUCCGAUCGCUUGGGUUAGACGCCUGACCCUGAAACCAUGGGUGGAUGAACGAGAUUUACGAAAUUAUGCAUACACACUACUACACUUUACCUACAUAAUCCCUGUAUAUCACCUGGAACCUAGAGCUUCAUAUAUAUCCGGAGCACAUCUGCAUUACAGUAUAACGGAGUUUAUUUUCGUGAAAAAGGACGUAACGCUUCUUGCAAGAUCCCUAGACAAUUAACCGGAUAGAAAGCACACCCCGCAACGAGAGUCUCAUAGUUGCUGAUUCGACGUAGCCUCUACUUGAACGGCAUGGCAUCCACCUUACUCCCGGCUCUCGCUG